CGCGGCCGAGAUCCUCGCCGAAUCCUCCAUCAGGAGAGACUCGGGUGAACUUUAAAAAGAAAAGAAACAAAUAGGGCAAAGAGCAGAGACCAAGCGCGAAGCGAGGAAGAAAGCGGAGGAAGUAGACGAGGAACACACGGCGGACCAGAUAUAUACGGGGUCGUAAUGCGCGGGGAAGUGGGUCGAGAGUUCACAGGCCGGAUAAUUAAAUUCCGCACCGAAGAAAGCGUUUUCCCUCUCGUUUAGCGGGUACCAUCACCGGCGAGGAUGGGAGCCGGACAUACUGGCCGACCGACCGAUCGCCAUGUUGCCAGGCGAUGAAUGGCUGUGAUGGACUUCCUCCUCUAGGUGCCUUCGAACCUUCCGUUAUAGCUCUUUCUUCAUUAUGUUUUGAGCAUCAUUCAUUAUACGAUACGUUCAUUAUACGGUAGCACAGAAUCUGUACGUUCUUAUUUGAGUUACAUGGAGCGAAUGUACUUCGUGAAGUCAUUAGAAUCGGAUGCUGAAGUUGGGAAGAUGCAUCUAUAUGUCAGGUGUACAAGAUAUUUCGGUACUUUGGUUUCUUACAUUUUUGGGUAGUAAACAUUUUAGAUUUGUAUAUUGUAUAUUUAAAUCUAAAGCAAGAUCAAUCUUUAAUUAUAAUACAAUAAAUUUAUAUUAAAUUUGAUUAAACAUUAAACAUUAAAUUUGAUACGAUUGUAAAAUACCGCCACAAAACGCCAUGUUAUGGCACAGAUCGAUUAACUUAAUCCUUUUUUUUAAUGAAAAUCUAUCUUGAUUUGCAAUAUGUAACUACUAGCGAGUGGAAGAUCGUUUUAAAUCACAGUAUUUGAGUAUCGUCGAUGAUUGCUUAAAAUUGCUUGGAGGAUAUUGCGACUUUUAGCGAAGUGUAUUUUUUUAUACCUUAAUGCGACAACAUUGCACGUGUUGAUGCGUGCUAGAUGCGCUCGCCACGAAGACGAUGAUUACGUCGAUACAAACGCACGGAAGCCUCGCCGCACGGAUGAUACAAUGAUGGCGAACCGCGUGCACUUUUCUUCCUGAUACCUAGCUCUCUUAUAACGACCGAGAGUUCGUGACUCUACCGGAUGAUUAUGCGCUCCAUCGUUCAGUCUCACUUACGUGUGACCCUUGUAAAUGAUCAGACGUUCAUCAUCGCAAUUUUGUUGUAAUAUCUGUAAACUAUUUGUUAAUGAUGCUGCAUUUUUCUCCUUAGGAGACAUUAUUUUUCAUAAUUUCACGUAAAUUGUAUCAAAUACUGCAUAACAAUGAUUGGUACAAGUCAGUCAGAAGUAGUAAUCUAAAUAAGACAAAUAAAUUUGUUAUUUGGUAAAAAGUAUAAUAGAUUAAAUAAUAGAGAUUAUUUUGUAGUAAGAGGAAGACGCUUGUCGGAAAUGCGCACAAAAUGUACUUAUUUAUUGAAGCAACUAAUGUGACACGAUAAAUACGCGUGAAAUACUACGAGAUAAUGAAAGAUCGUGCUAAUGCCAAGGAACAGCCAAUUCCCUCAUCAAACUCGUGCCAAACCUAAGUGCGAAUUUCAAUUAGACGGCCCGAGAAAUAUCCUCGAUCGGCAGAGACCGGUCAACUGUUAACUAAUUUCGGAUUAUGGAUAGCUUUAUUGAAAAUAUCUGUUGGAAUGUAUCCUGAUAUAAUGGUGAUAAAAUACGAUACUUGAGCGUCAAUGACCAAAGCAGCCGAUGUCACAAUUUGCAGACAGAUAUAUUUAUAGACGAAAUAUAUCUAAACGACGACGACCUCAAUCAGUUUUGUAACAUUGAACUAUCCGCAAAACUUGCGCGAUGCUACGAUGUUGCUGUUCACAAAAAGUGCUAAAAGCUAUGUGCAUAAACAAUGAAUUCAUUCUUUCUCCAGAUGACGCGACAUUAAUCGAAUCGAGAAUGACGUGACUCUCGGCCGCAUGACCUCAAGCAGUUCUGAAAUUGCUGUUAACUUUCUUUCAAGUGACCUAUUGGAGAUAUAAAACUGCCCCAAGCUCUCGUUAAUCCACGAUUUAUGCAUGCAUGAGCUGAGACGCUAAGGCGGAAAUUUUUAAUAGUCUCCAUUAACAAUUACAAUAUUUUCUCAAUUUUUCUAAAAGUUAAGAUAAUAAAUUUUUAAAAGAGGAACAAUGUACGCUUAUAUAUAUUUGAUUCCUAGCAACAGUCUAGAAACGUUGCUUCUUUCUAGUUCUCAAAAUCGAGAGAAAACAAAUAUUACAUAGAGGCGAUUAUCCGAUGCUUGUCAUGCUUUGAUCGUUCAGGUAAUUCUAAAGUUUUAUGGUGAGCAAUUAUUAUGGUAUUAACGUAUGAUGAAACUGGUAAAAACAUGGCAUCGCGCUCAAUUGCGUCAUUUAAUAUCGACCCACCUGGCUCUUGAGCGUGUGACGACACCAGUCGUAGGGACUGUAUUAUCUAACGAAAAGAAAAGGCAGCACAGUAAUAUGUCAAAAGCGAUAUUCUACGUACAACGUCUCCCAUAAUGAACACUUAAUAUUCUUGUCGCACAAAAUUAAUAAAGCGAAACGACGCACCUAUAGCAUUUUAUCGCAGCAAUGUACGGCGUGUUGUAACACAAUGCUGUAACAAUUCGUGCCAUCAGAUAUCACCCGCUAUUUAUUAUAGCUGACCAUAUGCUGUUGGGCACACUUCCAAAAGAGAAAAUCACCGAUAUAUAAAGAACAUUUUUCAAAUGCUGAUUAUUAAUUGCAUAUUAUUCUUGUGUGACGUGGAUAUAUUGUAUAUAUAUCCUUUUCGAUAAAAAUUAACUUCUGGUCAAUUAUUUAUCACGAUUUAUGGCGGACCACGUACAUUGCCAUACAUCACUACAACGAACGGCACGCAUUAUAUGGAAACCACUUUCAGCAAAGUAAUUGAAACGACGAUUAGUUCCUGUUUGACUCGCGAUAGGUAUUCGGCUGGAAAACAAAAAUUGACAUAAGAAAUCAUAAUUAUUCUCGAGUACAGAUGUGGGAGAGAUCCCGAGGCAAUUCUUUCAGAACAGAAAUUAAUCUUGCACGAAGUGGAGCCGCGUGACGAUUUACGGACGCAAGUCAAUUUCAACUGUGCUAACAGGUAGUCUGUCAUAACUCUCGGCUCAUAUGCUGUCAUAAUUAUAGAAAAAGCAAUACACACGCGGGCUGAAGGUAACCGAAACGAAAUUCCUCGCCAGGAUCGCCAUUAUGACAAAAUACUCGACCAAUGAAGUCUAGGUCUAGGACGCAAGUGGAGACCCGCGGCUGACUAUCGAGAGGCCGCAGUUUCGCAAGAUCUCAUCGUCCAAAUCUCGAGUACAUUUGGGGAGUCUUCGGAGCGAGUAGGACGAAUAGAUGCAAGAACUUCGCGGAGAAAGAGAGAAGUGCGAGACGCCGGGAGGGAGAGGGAGAGGAAUCGUCUCACAGCUGAAUUACUCUCACUCGAGAGGCCCCCGUCUCUUCUUCUUCGUGGGGGCAUCGCGUGUAUCCCCCUGCUUCUCCCGGGGGUAUAAAUGACUGCGGUCUACCUUCCACGGAGUCACAGAACUGAGCGGCAUCGCAGAAGCCGACAUGAAUUCUCUGAUCGCGUGUAUGAUCAUCGGUUUGGCAGGGUUCGCCCUGGCCGAGCCGCCCUCCUCCGGCUACAGCUACAGCAGACCCAGCGGCGGAGGUGGCUUCGGCGGAGGUGGCUUUGGCGGAGGUGGCUUUGGCGGAGGUGGCUUCGGCGGUGGUGGCGGUGGUUACACCCAGGUGUCCUUCGGUGGCCAGACCAGCGAGGGUGCCUCCGUGGAUGGAGCUCUGCUUGAGCAGAUCCGUCAGAUCCUGCUGAAGGAAGAGUCCCAGGGUGGCGGAUUCGGUGGUGGCGGUGGCGGUGGCGGCGGCGGAUACGCAGCACCUAGCUCCAGCUAUGGUGCACCAUCGUCGCAAUACGGCGCCCCGUCGCCGCAAUACGGCGUGCCCAGUUACCAAACCCGCGUCGUGGGCAUCGAUCUCGAGGGCAUCAGGCAGGCCAUCCAGGUGGCCCAGUUCAACCAGGUCAGCCAAGGUGGUGGCGGAGGUGGCUACCCCAGCGGACCCAGCACCAGCUAUGGAGCGCCCAGCAGGCCGUCCGGUAGCUACGGUGCGCCGUUCUAAGGAGUCAUCAUGGAUUGAAUGAUGAGAGAGAGAGAGAAAGUGUGUAUGAGAGAGA